AUGAGACACGCAACAACUCCGACCUUUAUUACCCGGUUCUUCCCUUUUCUCUCCUUCCCCAGACCUUUCAUCCCCAAGAUCUCUCUUCUGCUUGCCUGCUUGCAUUCCACGAUGAUCCCCACCCUGAGAGUCGCCAGCCGUUCGGCGGUUGCCCGCGAGGCCAAUAUGCGCCUGGUCCUGGGUGCCCGCUGUGGUUCUACUUGGGCCAACGUGCCCCAGGGACCUCCUGAUGCCAUUCUCGGUAUCACCGAGGCCUUCAAGGCCGACUCUUUCAAGGAGAAGAUCAACCUGGGCGUGGGUGCUUACCGUGACGACAAAGGCAAGCCCUACGUUCUCCCUUCCGUCCGCGCUGCCGAGGACAAGGUCGUUGCGUCGCGCGCUGACAAGGAAUACGCCGGCAUCACGGGUAUCCCCUCAUUCACCUCCGCUGCCGCUGAGCUUGCUUACGGCUCCGACUCGCCUGUGCUGAAGGAGGACCGCCUGGUCAUCACCCAGACCAUCUCCGGAACCGGUGCUCUUCGCAUCGGUGGAGCUUUCCUGGAGCGCUUCUACCCUGGCGCCAAGAAGGUCUACCUCCCCAACCCCAGCUGGGCCAACCACAAUGCCGUCUUUAAGGACUCCGGUCUCGAGGUCGAGAAGUACCGCUACUACAACAAGGACACUAUUGGUCUGGACUUCGAGGGUCUGAUUGCCGACAUCAAGGCUGCCCCCAACAACAGCAUCAUCCUGCUGCACGCCUGCGCUCACAAUCCCACCGGUGUUGACCCUACUGAGGCCCAGUGGCGCCAGAUCAGCGAUGUCUUCAAGGAGAAGGGCCACUUCGCCUUCUUCGACAUGGCCUACCAGGGCUUCGCCAGUGGUAACACUGACAAGGACGCUUUCGCGCCUCGCCACUUCGUUGCUGAGGGCCACAACAUUGCUCUGUGCCAGAGCUUUGCCAAGAACAUGGGUCUGUACGGUGAGCGGGUCGGUGCCUUCUCGCUCGUCACUGCCUCGGCCGAGGAGAAGAAGCGCGUCGACUCCCAGAUCAAGAUCCUCAUCCGCCCUUUCUACUCCAACCCUCCCAUCCACGGCGCUCGCGUCGCGUCCACCAUCCUGAACGACCCUGCUCUGAACAAGCAGUGGCUCGGUGAGGUCAAGGGCAUGGCAGACCGCAUCAUUGAGAUGCGCGCUCUCCUCCGCACCAACCUCGAGCAGCUCGGCAGCAAGCACGACUGGUCCCACAUCACCAGCCAGAUCGGCAUGUUCGCCUACACCGGCCUCAAGCCCGAGCAGAUGGACGCCCUAGCCAAGGAGCACUCCGUCUACGCGACCAAGGACGGCCGUAUCUCUGUCGCCGGUAUCACCAGCGACAACGUCAAGCGCCUGGCCGAGGCCAUCUACAAGGUGACCGGGUAA